CGAAGCUCUGACAUCACAAGGAGGUGGUAGACCUCCUCAACCAAUAUAUUGUCACCAUGCACAUCAUCAACAGCACGCUCAAUAUCAUCUUCAACAACAGCAACAAUUAUAUGCUCAACAUUAUAAUAAUGCAAAUAAUCAAUCAAUUUAUCAACAAAUACCAGCCAUGACAGCACCCCCACAAUCAUCAUCAAUACCAACAUCAAUAGGACCACCAAAUCAUUAUCCCCCAAGUGGUCCACCAUAUUCAAAUUCAUCAUCAACUGGUAUAUACGUUUCAUCAACAAUGAAAAGACAACAACAGCAACCACAAAGUAUAUACCAACAGCAGCAACAAUUAAAAGCAGCAAUAUCACCAGAGACUGCUAUACCUAGUUCAAAUGCAGUUGAUAGCGCUAUGUUUGAACGAGACAAACAAAUUUAUAGAUGUUCAACAUUAAGGCAAGGUGGAAAAUUUGAUCCAAAAUAUAAACCAUCAAUAUUAAAUUGUCCACUGCCAGAAAUACCAAAAGAUGCAGAUCCACCGAAUUCUAAAAAAGAAAAUUCGUCUAAUGAACAUAGUACUGCCAAUAAUUAUUCAAAGACUUUAAAUAGACCGUCAAUGAAAUUACCGCCACCAGGCAAAGCAAUACCACCACCUAAAAUAGAUGCAAAUGUAUCAUCACCUCCAUUAAAAGAUAAAUCAAAUGUAAAUGGAAAUCAAUUGAUAAAUAAUAAUCAAAUACCAACGCAUACAAAUCAAUCAUCAACAACAACAGUAGCAGCAACAACAAAUUUAACAAUGCAACAUAAUCAAAAUAACACAAUGAAAUUAAAAGAUAAUAAUAUUAAUAGUAAUAGUGCUGGUGGUACUGGUAAUUCAAAUAAUGAUGAUGAUGAUGAUGAUGAAAGAUUACCAACACCACCACCACCUAUAACCGAUUUAAAUGAAUUAACAACAACACAAUUAAAACCAACAAACAAUAAUAACAAUGCUGCCAAAAAUGCUACAGUUCCUAGUUCUGGUAGUGCUGGCCAAAUUGGAACUUCUAUUAAUCCAAAUGAUGAUUCAAAUUAUGCUGUGACUGAACUUUAGAAUGCAAAACAGAAAAUUAAAUUUAAAAUUAAUAAUAACAUAUUUUAAUUAAAUUUAAUUGAAACGAAUGAAAAUGUGCUGAAAUAUUAAAAAAUUUAAAAUUAAAAUUGUUAAUUUAUUUUUUUUUUUCAUUUUUGUUUUUUGUUAUACUUAUAUUCAAUCUGUUUUUUUUUUUAAUUAAAAAUAAAUUAUAAUUAAGAAAUAUUAAAUUAAAAUAAAUAAGAACAAUUUAAUUUAAAUUGUAAAAAAUAAUUUAUUAAAUAAAAAAAUAAAUUCAAAUGUAAAAAAAACGCUGAAUUUCGUGUGACAAUUAAAAAAUUAUAUUGAGCAAAAUUUUACAAUU